AUGUGUGGUAUUACAGGUCUCUUGCUGGGUGACACCAGGUCUACCAUGGCCGCCGUCGAUCUGCAUGAGUCUCUGUACCUGCUUCAGCACCGUGGACAGGAGGCUGCCGGCAUCACCGUCUGCCAGGGUGGAAGGGUGUACCAGUGCAAGGGAAAUGGCAUGGCCGCCAAGGUCUUUGCCGAGGGCAAGCGUAUCCAGCAGCUGCCUGGAUACAUGGGUCUCGGUCACCUCCGUUACCCUACCAUGGGAACCUCAUCUGCUUCCGAGGCUCAGCCCUUCUACGUCAACUCCCCCUUUGGUCUGUCGAUGGCCGUCAACGGUAACCUCGUCAACACCGAGUUCCUCUGCAAGUUCCUCGACGGGGAGGCCCGCCGUCAUAUCAACUCGGACUCGGACUCUGAGCUCCUGCUCAACAUCUUUGCCUACGGUCUUCAGAAGCUGGGCAAGACCCGCGCCAACUCUGACGAUAUAUUCACCGCCCUGGGCGACGUCUACUCCAUGUGCCAGGGCGCCUUUGCCUGCACGGCCAUGAUCGCCGGCUUCGGCAUCCUGGGCUUCCGUGACGCCAACGGCAUCCGUCCCCUGUGCCUCGGCUCCCGCCCCUCGGCCACUCUCCCCGGUGCCACCGACUACUUCAUGGCCUCCGAGUCCGUGGCCCUGAAGCAGCUCGGCUUCGGCAACAUCAUCGACAUCCUGCCCGGCCAGGCCGUCUUCAUCCAGAAGAACGGUCACCCCGAGUUCCGUCAGAUCGUCGAGAGGCGGUCGUACACGCCCGACUGUUUCGAGUACGUUUACUUUGCCCGCCCCGACUCCUGCAUCGACGGCAUCUCCGUCUACCGCAGCCGCCAGAAUAUGGGUGAGAAGCUGGCCAAGAAGAUCCGCGACGCCCUCGGCGACGACGAAGUCUCCAAGAUCGACGCCGUCAUCCCCGUCCCCGAGACUAGCAACAUUGCUGCCGCCACCUUGGCCGAGAAGCUCGGCAAGCCCUACGUCACCGCCCUCAUCAAGAACCGAUACGUCCACCGUACCUUCAUCCUGCCUAACCAGGCCCUGCGUCAGAAGAGCGUCCGCCGCAAGCUGUCGCCCAUCGACUCCGAGUUUCGUGGGAAGAACCUCAUAAUUGUGGACGACAGUCUUGUCCGUGGAACUACUUCACGCGAAAUCGUCCUGAUGGCCCGUGAGGCUGGUGCUGCCCGCGUCAUCUUUGUCUCGUGCUCGCCAGAGUGCAUGUACCCUCACAUUUACGGAAUCGACCUUGCGGAUCCUGCCGACCUCGUCGCCCACGGCAGGACCCGCGCCGAGAUCGCCGAGUGCAUCGACGCUGACGACAUCGUCUUCCAGGAACUGGGAGAUCUCAAAGCGGCCUGCCUCGAGGCGGCCGAGACCAAGACCGAUGUCGAGGACUUUGAGGUCGGUGUCUUCUGCGGCAAGUACGUCACCGAUGUUCCCGAAGGCUACUUCGAACGUCUGAGCGAUAUCCGCAACGUCGAGAAACAGAAGAAGAAGAAGGAGUCCGGCGGUCUGGUCAGCAUCCCUACCGGGGCCGAGGACGGCCGUGACGGUGCCAUCAUCUCCAGCUCCGGUCCUGCUGACGGACCCCGCGAGGAGGAGACCGUCAAGCCGGCGGAGAGGGAAGACAUC